AUGAUCGGCUGGUUUCAGGCCCCGCCCAUGGUGUACCUCGCGUUCUGGCAAUUUCUGCAGACUUGGAGGAUGGGCGCACGCUUGGCCGAUCGGUGCCCGCUGUGGCUGAUCUUGUUCCUCGGAGCAGCGGCCGGCAUCAGUUUCAAUGUUGCGGUUUGGUUGCAGUACAAUUUGUUAAAAUAUACUUUCGGACAUGAUUUCAAUUGGCCUGUCUUUGGCUCCCUCGUGUUCAUGUGGGUCGUUUUCAUAAUUCCAUACAUUUGGGAAUAUUCUCCCAAUCUGUGCAGAAAAGUCACAGGUAUGAGAGGUUGA